UGAGUCAGAGGGGCGCUGUUUCCCUCACUCAGAUGAUUUCUCCAGUGAGAUUCAGCCAAUUGCGAAUUGAUGGAAAAUGAUGAAAACGCAGAGAGACGAAAGAUAAAUAAUUGUAUCAUUGUUAUUUUUUUUAUUGGUCAAACCUGGGUUCCCUUGGCAUCCAUGAAUACACACCAUUGACUGCACUAGAUUGCAAAAAUAAGAUAUUCCCAAUAGCAUGUCUUGCAGGGGGACUUUUAUUUUGAAACAGUCCGCGAUCAUGGUGGCAGCAUAAUAUCCUGCUGCUAGGAGAACUAUAAUCAUCUGUUUAGCUAGCUUGAGUCGAACAGAGGUGAGUUUCUCAAAAUAAGGCACUUGUUUUUAAACGUUGAAGUUAUUGUUUUUUCCCCCCCAUUCUACUUGUAGCGUGUCACCUGUCCCCAAUGGGGUUCAAUAAGACGUACAUCAGUAUCGGGUAUGCCUCUUUUGGCAUGCUUAUGGGAUUCUCAGCGUUUCUCGUGUGGAACAUCGCGUACAACCAACCAUGGACAGCUGCAAUGGGAGGAUUAUCAGGUGUGCUGGCGCUCUGGGCCCUCAUCACCCACAUCAUGUACCUGCAGGACUACUGGCGCACCUGGCUGAAGGGCCUCAAAUUCUUCCUCUUCAUCGGAGUCGUCUUCUCCCUGCUGGCCGUGGUGGCUUUCAUUACCUUCCUCUCCCUUGCCAUUACCAACAAAGAGUCCAUGACUGACCCGAGGAGCCUGUUUCUUUCGGGCGUGUGGAGCUUCAUGACUCUAAAGUGGUCCUUCCUGCUGGCUCUCUAUUCCCACCGCUACCGCAAGGAGUUUGCCGACGUCAGCAUCCUCAGUGACUUUUGAUGAGGGCCCUUGAACAGCCCCCCCCCACCCAAUGGAGGUCUAUGGAAGACUAACUAGCAGGGCUCCUAACCUGAGGGUGCUAACUAGGGGAGAAGGGAGGGAGUGAAGAUUUGAGGGGUUGGUGAAGCCAAGUAGUCAUGACGAGGAUGAGUGAUGGAAUGAGGGUUGAUCUGAAAGGCGUGGGGUAGCUGCACAUACACCAGAUGUCUUCCACCAAUCGCUUGCUUAUAAAUCCACGUGGGGAGAGUGAACGAGUACACACUUUGGGGAGAAGGGUAGUGGGGAGAAGGGUAGUGAAUCGGAACGCAACCUGUGUGUUGUCUGUGUUAAUGGGAGAAUUAGUACCUGGACCUCUGUCCAUGCCCGCACCUUCUCGGUUAGAUCCCCCCCCUCUCUCUUUCUAUAUCUGUAAACAGGGUAUGCUCAACCCCUGCUAGGCCAGUCUAUCCACAAGUUCAUCCCUAUGUUAUGCCUUUUAUGGAUUUGACUGUUCCAAUGUGUAUGUAUGUGACACUGUCUGUGCUCCUCUUGUAUGUCUUCGACAUGUUUUUAGAGUCAAUAUCUCCCUUUUUAUGAGAUUUGAAUCUUCUUUUUGGUGACUUUGUGGGUAAUCCUUGUUAAUUGUGUACAUCACGUGUGAAAACUCAUUCCACGGAGGGCCUAGUGUCUGCGGGUUUUCGUUCCUCCCUUGUACUUGAUUGAUGUAGGUCACUAAUUAGUAAAAAAAACUCCUUUCACCUGGUUGCCUCUGUUGUAAUUGAAAGGAAAACCCCAAAACCUGCAGACACUAGGCCAUUCGUGGAAUGAGUUUAACAACCCUGCUGUACAUCUUCCUGUGCUUAUAUACCUAGGAACAUAUUCUUAACAAGAUAUAUAUAUAUAUAUAAUUGAUGUGGUUAUGAUAGAGAAUUUGUUUCCAUUCUCUUGCCACAAGGGGGAGUCAGUCGAUCAAAUGUUGCGGCUGUUGGUAAAACACCCCACUCAUUUAGAAAGUUGUUAGAAAACAGAGCAAAGUUUAUCUCCACACAUAUAAAACAUGCAUUAUACACAACAAAAGGACACGUCACAGGCCUGUUUGGGGAAAUCCUAGUAGUCUUUUUUUUUUUUUUUUUUGGAUGACUGUUUUGAUCUGUGUUAUCGAUGUGUGAACUUUUAGUCCACAGAAACCUGCUGUCACCUCGGAGUCAGUGUAUGUGCUGAAGCAACUACAUUUAGAGUAUCAUGUCUUAACACUUAUGUAUUAUGAAACGGUUAUAAUGCUUUGGAAAUGAGACUUGUAUAAUGUCUUAUAGCGUUACACCUGUCAGUGUUCGACACUAUUUCAAAACAUCCCCCAAAAAUAGUUUUUGAAGAGAUUAUAUGAAGAAGGAUUGCACUACCAUCACAGAAUGUUAGAACAACUGCCUUUUUUUCACAGCAGUUGCCAAUGGAAACCCAACUGCCUCGUCUUAUUUGAACGGAGAACGCUCAAAGGAGGGAGCUCCUUUUGUGGAAUUUGUGUCAUUGCUGUGCCUUCGCUUUAGCUCGCAAACGUUAUUCACCAUCAUCAUACUGCUGCUUAUGGAGAUUAAUUUGAUUGUGCUCUAACUUUUUUUCCCCCUUGACAUCUGUUUUCUUCUCUGUGGGCUACCACAUGUAUCACAUUGUACUAUAAAGAAACAUGACAUUGUGUAUAUCCACAUGUAUGUCUGUUGUACAGGUAUGUCUGUGUGAGAGCCAUAAUAAUAAAGUAUAAUUUUAUGACA